GGUCGCCCAUAUAGUAUAUAUAUAAAAAAAAAGGCGUCCAGGCGGAGCACGUCUGUGUUCGUCAGAACCGGAGUUCCAGUGUUCGAGUGUCCAGGUGUCCAGAAGCGCCCCGCGAGCCUGACAAUGGUAGUCCACAAGGAGUUCCAGAAUGCCGGGAAGACCCCAGGCCUCGAGAUCUGGCGCAUCGAGAGCAUGGACCUGAAGCCUGUUCCCAAGCAGCACUAUGGAAGUUUCUAUGAGGGCGACGCCUACGUUGUCAUGCACACCACCCGUGCGCCCUCUCACAGCAUUCACAUGUGGCAUGGAAAGCAGUGCUCUCAGGACGAAAGCGGCGCGGCAGCCAUCUUUGUCACCCAGCUGGACGACCACCUCGGCGGCGGCCCAGUCCAGUUCUGUGAGCAACAGGGCAACGAGUCCAUCACCUUCCUGAGCUACUUCAAGUCCGGAAUCAAGUACAUGAAAGGGGGCGUGGCUUCUGGCUUCAAGCAUGUGGUGACCAAUGAGGCAAACGUGAAGCGCCUGCUGCAUGUCAAGGGCCGGCGUGUCAUCCGGGCCACCGAGGUGCCCUUGUCCUGGAGCAGCUUUAACCGGGGAGACUGCUUCAUUGUGGACCUGGGCAAGGAUGUGUACCAGUGGUGCGGGAGCGAAUGCAGCCACUUUGAACGGUUGAAGGCCUCGCAGGUGGCCAUUGAUAUCCGUGACAAUGAGCGCGGCGGUCGAGCGAAAUUGAACAUAGUGGAAGACGGGAGUGAACCGGAUGCUCUCUUGCAGGCUCUCGGUCCCAAACCCAACAUCCCCGCUGGGACUCCUGACGACCAGGCUGUCGAAACGUGCAAUAAGAACAAGGGAUCUCUAUAUAUGAUCUCCGAUGCCUCUGGCGCCAUGAAGUCCUCUCUGGUGGCCCAGUCCAGCCCUUUCAAGCAGGAGAUGCUUUCUCUCAGCGAGUGCUACAUCUUGGACAACGGGGUCGAUGGAAAGAUCUUUGUGUGGAAAGGACCAGAUUCCAACAUGGCAGAGCGCAAAGCUGCCAUGUCUGCCGCUCAAAAUUUCAUCAAAGAAAAGAACUAUCCAAAAUCCACCCAGAUCCAGGUGCUGCCAGCAGGUGGCGAGACCACCUUGUUCAAGCAGUUCUUCUCCAACUGGAAGGACAAAUAUCAGACCACAGGGCCCAGCAAACCCUACGUAAUCGGACGCAUCGCCAAGAUCGAGCAGGUUCCCUUCGACGCCUCCACCCUCCACUCCAAUUCCGCGAUGGCAGCCCAGCACGGCAUGGUGGACGAUGGUUCUGGAAAAGUCCAGAUCUGGCGGGUUGAGGGUGGAGACAAAGUGGCCGUGGAUCCCGCCACUUAUGGCCAGUUCUUUGGAGGAGACUGCUACCUAAUCCUGUACACCUACAAGCAAGGGGGCAAGGAGCAGCACAUCAUCUACACAUGGCAGGGGCUGAAGUGCACCCAGGACGAACUGGCCGCUUCUGCCUUUCUCACGGUGAAGCUGGACGAUUCCAUGGGAGGGGCGCCAGUUCAGGUGCGUGUGACUCAGGGUCAGGAGCCAGCCCACCUGAUGAGUCUGUUCAAGGGCAAGCCCAUGAUCAUCCACCAAGGUGGGACAUCCCGCAAGGGGGGCCAGACCCAGACUGGCAGCACGCGCCUCUUGCACAUCCGCCAGAGCUCCUCUCGCGCCACCCGUGCUGUGGAGGUGAAACCCUGUGCCUCCUCCCUGAACACCAACGACGUGUUUGUGCUCAAGUGCCCCAGCACCACAUAUGUGUGGAGGGGCACGGGUGCCAGCAGCGAAGAGGCAGCUGCCGCCAAGCAUGUGGUCGGCGUCCUGGGAGGAAGUGCCACCGAUGUGGCGGAGGGCAAGGAGCCAGAGGCAUUCUGGUCAGCUCUGGGUGGGAAGAAGCAGUACCAGACCUCAAAGAGUCUGCAGAAAACAAUCAAACCCCCACGCUUGUUUGGCUGCUCCAACAAGACGGGUCGGCUCGUUGCGGAGGAGGUCCCUGGAGACUUCACUCAGUCUGACUUGGCCACUGAUGAUGUCAUGUUACUGGACACUGAUGAACAGCUCUAUAUCUGGGUCGGUAAAGAUGCCAAUGAUACGGAGAAAGCUGGAGCUCCAAAAAUAGCCCAGGAAUACCUGGCCUCUGACCCCCGCGGUGGCCGUAGCAUCCCCAUAGUCACAAUCAAGCAAGGGUCAGAGCCCAUGACCUUCACUGGCUGGUUCCUUGCUUGGGACACCAGCCUGUGGGAUAAGGACCCCCUGGAGCGAAUCAGAGCUAAUUUCUAAACCCCAACCAAGGGUUGCACUUUGAUUACACAUUCCCAUAUUUCCUUCUUUAUGCAAUAUACAUACGCAUCAGGCAGAGCCUAUAUGUUACUCCAGAAACAUGGUGAAGUGUCUCUUACAGUUCAGUUUUUUUUGCUUAUGUGCAGAUCUCUUUCCCACAGUGAGACUGUUACACACCACAGUGCCUGUUACAUAAAAAGAGUAGAAAUGAAAUCACCAAAAUCACAAGUGGUAAGAUGUCCAACUGCACUCAGGCAACUUAAAUGGAUGCUUUUUAAACAUGUUUUUUAAUGUACUUACAGCUUAGAAAUGCAAGCCUUUCAGCUCUUUGCCCUCAUGCCUUACGCUGAGCAAUAUAUGUGACAGUAGUUGGAGAGAGGUGUAUCUCGCAGGGCUGCUGUUAAAUGGCAGUUUGUUACUUUAUUCCAGAGGUCUUCGGAAUGCAACUAUGUUUGGAUUUUAUUAAAAUCUUUUGUUCUCAGA